UAUUACAUACAAUAAAAAUAUCUUUCAGGCUUUCCGCUCCGGGAGCCAUUGGAGAGCAGCAGCCAUGGCUCUGCGCUACUCCACGGCCGUAGGCCUCAACAAGGGCCACAAGGUGACCAAGAAAGUGAGCAAGCUGAGGCACAGCCGCCGCCACGGGCACACCAGGUUCGUGCGGGACAUGAUCCAGGAGGUGUGUGGCUUUGCCCCCUAUCAGCAUUGGGCCAUGGAGCUGCUCAAGGUCUCCAAGGACAAAGGGGCCCUCAAGUUCAUCAAGAAAAGGGUGGGAACACACAUUCGGGCCAAGAGGAAGCGAGAGAAGCCGAGCAACGUCCUGGCCGCCAUGAGAAAGGCAGCUGCCAAGAAGGACUGAGCCCCCUUUCCUCAAUAAAUCAUCCCAGAAAAC